AUGAGGCGCCGGGACGGGAUGCUGUCGAGGCUCAACGCGGAGAUAAGGCGACAGGAGGUACGUCAACAACAGGAAGCACAGAGGCAGCUGCGUCUGCUAGAAUUGCAACACGUCACCAACAGGGCCAGGGCAGCUGAAAAGAAUUUGAAGCAUGUCAAGGCUGCCGUGGCUGACCUUCGCUGCAGCAGCAAAGCACGAAGGGCCAGCCUGGACGAAGCUGCCUCCCAGCUGCUUGACAAGCGCAAGGACAAGCUGCAGCGCUACUUUCCCACCCAUGCCCGUGUGACACACCUCACAUUCAGCUGCCUGCAGUGCUCCCUCGAAGAGGAGUGGAGUGCAAAGGUUCGACAGCUGCUGGAGGUGCUGCCUUUGAGGAUCAGCGCACUGAAGUCGGGGCCGAACACACCGCUCCAGGUCACUGUGUGCGACCUGCAGCUGCCGCAUGGGUCGGUUAUCCCAUCGGAUUUGAAUCAGAAGUCAGAGGAGCUUGACGCUGCCCUUGGCUACACCCUCGUCCUGUUGGAACUGCUGGGCAUGUACAUCGGCACGCCUGUGCUCCAUCAGUCAAGCUUCAACGGCUCGUGCUCGUCCCUCUGGCGGCCAAGGUCGUUCUCAGACCGCAGACCGAUCUCGACUGGAGACGUUCUGCCACUGCACUUGGGAAGAACUGCCACAGCUCAGCUGUCAGCAAGCGCCUGGCCCUCAAGCUCUUCAGUCGAUCAGACCUUGCCCCAUCGGCAGCACCAGGCGGAAGCUGCGAUGCACAUGCUGCAAAGGAGCAUUGGUGCCUUUGCCAUUGACCAGUUGGGGCCAUUGGGAGCGAAGCCGCCCAAGGCGUGGAGCCCCUUUGUCACCCUGGCAUGGAUAUGCUCAAAGAUGGCGAGGGAUUCGCUGCGGGCGGCGAUACAGCAGCUUGGCAGCCCUGGCUCCCAGGACGGUAAGCCAGACAGCAACGGGAUUGGGCUAGAGGCCAAGGGGGCGUCAAGAAUUGGGAGCUUGGAGAUCGCGGGACUUCUGCUUCCAGAUGAAGAUGACGAUCUGGUGGACGCUGACGGAUGGUACACAGUUCCCGGAACCUUUCUACCACCACCACCUUCCCAACCAGAUGACGUGGAACACUGGACGCAGGCCAUGCUGUCCGAACACAAGGGCGGCUGGCAGCAGGCCCUUGGGCUCAAUGUGCUGCGCGCAUGGCCAGGGAAGCCAGGGGCAUGGCUUGGUGGAUGA